GAUGUGACGUCAUAGUAGAAAAAAAAACAGUACGGAAAGAUGGCGUUAGCGGCAGCAAGAAGAGCAAACGUUCGUCUGCCUCCUGAAGUUAACAGGAUCCUAUACGUGAGGAACCUUCCCUUUGAAGUAUCGACUGAGGAAAUGUAUGACAUAUUUGGAAAAUAUGGACCAAUCAGACAAAUAAGAUUAGGUAUUGCUCCAAAUACUCGUGGAACUGCGUUUGUUGUGUACGAGGAUAUAUUUGAUGCUAAGAAUGCCUGUGAGCAUUUGUCAGGUUUCAACGUUUGCAACAGAUACCUGGUGGUACUCUAUUAUCAACCGCAUAAGGCCUUUAAGAAGAUGAACAAAGAUCUAAAGCAAGAUCAAAUCGAACUCCUCAAGACCAAAUAUGGCAUCGACUUGGAAGCCGACAAAUAAUAACAACAACAAUUAAAAGAACAACACAGACAGAACGAUUAUUUUUGACAUUCAACAAUAAUAACAAUAA